AUGCUGGUGCUGGUGCUGGUCCUAGUGCUCCUGCUGCCCCAGAAGGUGGUCUGUGGGAUGCUGAAGGCCAAAUGCCCACUGAAUCUGAUCAAGGAUGAAAAUGAUCCGUUGAAUUAUUAUACUCCGGGAGACCACCUUGUUGGUGGGGUCGUAUCUGCAACUUUUGGUUUUCUGAAACCUCUUGCCUUCGGUGAGCCCCCUUUUAACAGAAUUAGAGGGUUGGGGGACACAGAUUACGAGAGCAUCCUCUCCUUCCUGUUUGCCAUUCAGGAGAUCAAUCGGAAUCCCGGGAUCUUGCCGAACGUCACUCUGGGCUACGACGUCUACGACAACUAUUUCGAUGCAAGGAUGACAAGUGAUGCCCUGUUAGACCUGCUCUCCCCGGGGCAAGAGAACGUCCCGAACUACCAUUGCGGAGGAAAGAAGAAUCUCUUGGCUGUUCUCGAAGGGAGUAAUUCUGACAUCUCGAUCCAGAUUUCGAAUAUGAUGGGCAUCUACAAAAUCCCACAGGUCAGUCACGGUUUUGCUUCCCAUGUCCUUAAUGACCCUGCUCAGUUCCCUUUUUUCUUCCGGAUGGCUCCCAAAGAGGAGCAGCAGUACCUGGCGAUUGUCAAACUGCUCCUUCAUUUCCGAUGGACGUGGAUCGGUCUCAUUGCACCAAGCACCGAUGAUGGAGAACGGUUCAUGAGACUCUUCCCCACUCUGGUCAUCUCUAAAGGCAUUUGUGUGGCCUUCUCGCUGAUCUUCCCAGCAUCACUUCAAGCUUUCCUGCGAAAUAUCCCACUCUACAAUAUGUCCAUGGGCGAAGUGUAUGUGGAUGAGAACGGGGACCUGGAAGUGGAUUUUGAUAUAGUUCAUUGGCUGGCAUUUCCCAAUGGGUCCCAAGCUGGAGUGAAAGUGGGGAGUGUCGAGAGACAGGUGCCCCCAGACCCCAAGUUCACUAUUGAGCAGGACUCUAUCUUGUGGCCCAGCAAGCAAGUGCCCCGUUCCAGGUGUACCGAGAGCUGUCGGCCUGGAAACGCCAAGGUGGCUCAGGAAGGGAAGCCAUUUUGCUGCUACGACUGUCUUCCAUGCCUGGAAGGGACGAUCUCCACACAGGAAGAUGCAGUGCAUUGCUCCCGGUGUCCAGAAGAUCAACAUCCAAACACAAAUCAAACUGAAUGUGUCCUCAAGCCAACAACGUACCUGACCUACAAAGAACCACUCGGGGUCAUCCUGGCUUUCUUCUCUUUGCUCCUGUCCUUAAUCACUGGCUUUGUAUUAGGCCUGUUCAUUAAAUUCCUGGACACUCCCUUAGUCAAGGCCAACAACCGGGACCUCACCUACGUUCUCCUCAUCUCCCUCCUGCUUUCCUUUCUCUCCUCCUUUCUAUUUAUUGGCCAGCCAGGGAAUGUGACCUGCCUUCUUCAACAAACCACUUUUGGCAUCAUCUUCUCAGUUGCCAUCUCUUCUGUCUUGGCCAAAACCAUCACUGUGGUGGUGGCCUUCAUGGCUACCAAGCCAGGCAACAGGAUGAGGCAGAGGCUGUGGAAGAGUCUGGCCAACUCCAUUGUCAUUUCUUUUUCUGGUAUUCAAGCUGGCCUCUGCCUCAUCUGGCUGGGAUUCUCUCCCCCCUUCCCGGACUCUGACAUGCACUCCCAGCCUGGGCACAUCACCCUGCAAUGCAACGAGGGCUCUGUCGCCAUGUUUUAUGCUGCCCUGGGCUACCUGGGCUUCCUGGCUGCCGUCUCCUUCACGGUGGCUUUCCUGGCCAGGAAGCUGCCCGGGGCCUUCAACGAGGCCAAGCUCAUCACCUUCAGCAUGCUGGUCUUCUGCAGCGUCUGGGUCUCCUUUGUGCCCUCCUACCUGAGCACGAAGGGGAAGUACAUGGUGGCCGUGCAGGUCUUCUCCAUCUUGGCCUCCAGUGCUGGCUUGCUGGGCUGCCUCUUCCUUCCCAAAUGCUACAUUAUUCUACUGAGGCCUGAUUUGAACACCAAGGAACACCUAAUGAUAAAAGUGAACUGA